UUGAUAAAAAUUGUUAUUCAUAAUCGUCAUUUAGCGCUAAAAUCCUCUUAUAACUGUGUGAUAAGUUAUCGAGAGCUCGGGCCUUGUUUAAAGCUCUAAUAAACCUAUUUUAACCUAACUUUUAUAAAUGUCAUUUCAUAUGAAUGUCACUUCGUUGGUUUAUUUAUUCAAAAUAUCCUUGCUGUGAUCCUUGCUUGUGAAAAUGAAUGCUAUAAAUGCAAUUGUGCAUUUAGCCAAUAAUGCCGACCCAGCGCGACGUAGAAAGCUCUACCGCCAACGAAGCAACCCAUUCGAUUUGCGGGACCUAAAUUUUAAAAUAAAAUAUAGGUUCAAUAAGGACACAGUGCGCACCAUCAUAGAUUUGGUGGAAGAUGAUCUGGUUCAGAGCGCUAGAGGUGGUGGCACGUGUCCUGAACUGCAAGUUUUAGUGGCCAUAAGAUGUUGGGGACGUCGUGAGGUACAAGAUGAUGCUGGUGACCUCCAUGGCCUAAGUCAGCCGACAGUGAGCCGGAUAUGCGCCAGAGUCGCGCAUGCAAUCGCGAAUAAGGCAAAUUCCUUCAUCAAAAUGCCUAUCACUAUAAUGCAAAUCGAAGCACAAAUCUAA